UCUUAAAAAACUUUCGUUGUGUUUUGGUCUGGUCGUUGUCGUCGCGUUGCGCGUUUCGUCCAUUCGUAUCUGCUCUGUGUUUAUUUUAUUUGCGUGCGCAACAGCAACAACAACAACAUCAACAGCAACAUUUAGCGUUCGUUAUUAAAUUGUGUUAAGCUAAUAAAUACAGUGUUCAUACGCACGUCUUUUUUUAACAGUUGUUUAUUUUUUUCGUGUGCGACAAAAACCGGUGUAGAAGCAAAGCAAAAAAUUAAAGAGAUUUGCAAUCAAAAUAUACAAACCGAAAUACAAAUACAAAAUACUCUGAGCAGUGGGUGACAAGUGCACAAAUAGGGGUUGCAAAUUUUUUCCUACUCAGGUGCAAGAGAGAGAGAGAGAGAGAAAGACUGGAAGUUGGCCGUAACAAAAACAAAUCGUAGCUUCGUUCUUCCUCUUUGCCAGGCACCUAAAUUGAAGCACUCUCCCCCUCCGCCCCUCAAUCACAGUCGGCAAUCAAGAAACCAACCGCCCAGCCCCCCUCUCAGCGCUGCGUGUGCCGCGUGCCAUGCGUGACCUCGGCACCAAAAUGGCCGAGCUUAAAUUUGAGGCUCCAUUGGCAAAGUUCGAGGAGACGGACGAAUGGGGCGGCUGCGAUUUCAUUUCCAAUCAGAAUGCACUGAACGACACGCUGAACCUGAAUCUCAGCUCCAAUCGGAACCAGAAGGAGGGCAGCGCCAAGCAGCAGCAGCAGCAGGACAAGCUGCGUCUGCUCGAGGAUGCGGUCCGUGAUGCGCACAUCAGCAAGAAUGGUGCCGUGGCAACUGGAGCAGUUGGUGGCGCUGGCGCUGGAACUGGAACUGGAACUGGUGCUGGCAACAUUAGUCCCAAUUGCAAUACGCAAAACCUUUCGGAACUGGGCUUGACCGAUGGCUUGGCCGGGGGCCAGGAUAAGCGAAGCGCCGACAAUGUGGACAACUUCACGGAGACCUUUGGCGGCAGCUUGGAGGAUCUGGUAAACACGUUCGACGAGAAGAUUACCAAAUGCUUUGGCAACUACGAGGAGAACGUCGAGGAGCUGGCACCGGUUCAGGUGCGCAGCCAGGAGGAGAUCAUGAACGAAUGCCAAAUGUGGUGGACCAUAACCGGUAACUUUGGCAAUAUUCUGCCCAUCGACUGGUCCAAGUCGUACACUCGCCAGAUGCACAUGCCGACCCUGAAUCUGGGCCAGAGCCGUACAAAGCAGCAGCAGCAGCAGCGCAAUCUGCAACAGCAGCAGCAGCAACAUCAGCAACAGAACCAACAGACACCAGUGGAUGAGUUCAACGACUUGACCAGCGAGGAUGAGGCAGUGGCCAAUGAUUUGGAUAUGCACGCAUUGAUAUUGAACGGAUUGAACGGAGAUGCCGACGAUCAUCCCAUUAAGACCGUGGAGGAGGUGAUCAAGGAGAUCGACGAUAUUAUGGACGAGGCCGAGAGUCCGUUGGAUGAGCCCGAGAACUGCGAUUCGGAGGUGAUUGAGAAGGCACGCGAGGUGCUCGGUGCUCCGCUCUAUGCAGAGAAGUUGCAAUAUUUGAGCAGCACACAGCUCAAUGAGCUGUAUAUGGAAAUGGAGAUGCUCAUCCAGGAACUGAGCGAGACACUGAUCAACGAGCUGGCGCUGCGCGACGAGCUCGAGUAUGAGAAGGAGCUGAAGAACUCCUUCAUAUCUCUGCUGCUGGCAGUCCAGAACAAACGUCGGCAAUACCAUGUCGAGAAGAAGCGCGGCAAAUUCCAAGGCCCGGAGCCCAAAUACUUGACUACUGUCAUACCCUAUCAUCUGGAGAAUGGCACACCUAACAAUCAAUCGUUGCAAGUGUUGAUCAAAAUACUCAAGGCCAUCAAUGAGGACAGUCCAACAGUGCCGACGCUCUUGACGGAUUACAUUUUGAAAGUGCUCUGUCCCACAUAAAUACGCACUGCAGCUACAACAACAGCAAAAGUAACAAUAACAGCAGCAACAACAA